AUGUCCCGACAAUCUGCUACCCCGGCUUCGGGUACGCAGGAAAAAACCUUCAGCUCAUACAAUAAAGAGCAAGGAGAGGCCUAUUCCCAACUACGUCCGGACUACCACCCUGCACUGUAUCAGACCAUCCUAGAUCAGCAUGCAAAAUCUGGCGGCCAGUUCGAUACCCUCAUUGAUUUGGGUUGCGGACCCGGAAAUGUCGCUCGCUCCCUCGGCGUACACUUCGCCCACGCUUUCGGUCUUGACCCCUCGGAUGGCAUGAUCGCCACUGCACGCUCUCUGGGUGGAACCACAUCGAUCUCCGAGUCCAUCCGCUACGAAGUUUCAACAGCCGAAGACAUUGGGUCAAACCUCUCCGCACCAAUCCCAAAUGACAGCGUCGACCUCAUCACGGCUGCCAACUCAGCGCACUGGUUUGACAUGGCCCGUUUCUGGCCAAGUGCUGCUCGCGUCCUCAAGCCCGGCGGCAGCGUCGCAAUGUGGACAACCGGCCAGAUGCGCAUUCACCCCUCCGUGCCAAAUGCGGAAGCUAUGCAAGCUGAAAUCGACCAGAUCGAGGAGCAAUAUCUCCGGCCCUAUUUUGAGCCAGGCAAUCUGCUUACCCGUGGUCGUUACAGGGAUCUUCUUCUUCCGUGGACCUUGGACCAGCCAGUCGCGGAGUUUGACGAGAGGAACUUCUUCCGGAAGGAUUGGGACCUCUAUGAGAAGUUUUUUGUCUCGGAGCCAGAGGUAUCUUUGGAUAUGUUUGAGAUGAUGAUUGGGACUAUGAGUCCUGUGACUCGAUGGCGCCAGGCGAAUCCGGAUGCCGUCGGUACCAACAAAGAUGUAGUCAAGAUGUGGCGCCAUGCAAUGGAGCGUCAUUUGCAUGCCGCUGGUGUGGAAAGGGGCAAGGAGACGGUAAAGGGUGCCAUGUGCGGUGUGGUGCUGGUUAUCAAGAAGAAAGAUUAG